AGAUUCAAGACGAAGCAAAACAUGAUCUGAAGGACCUUGAUUGAUCUGAAAGCUGAUCUUCUCCAGGGUGUGGCACAGGCUGGCAGCUUUAAACAAGGCUUGUCUCAGCAGAUAUAACCCCAGCUUCAUUGCAGAGUUGCUUGCACUGUCUCAGUGAAUAUGGCAGAUCAGGUCCCCUCCAUUGCUCGAGAUGCUGUUUUGAAAGAGAGUGGCUCUCUUCCAGAAAACAUGCCGCAGAUCAGAGGUUAUGAUUUUAAUCAGGGAGUCGACCACAGAGCUCUGCUGCAGUCCUACCUCACCACAGGUUUCCAGGCUAGCAGUUUUGCCAUGGCUGUACAGGAGAUCAAUAAAAUGAUUGCCAGACGACUCGAGCCGGUGGAGGAGCAGGAACACACCUGUGACUCUCAGCAGAAAGGAUGCACCAUCUUCUUAGGCUAUACAUCCAACCUCAUCAGCUCCGGUGUCCGUGAGACCAUCCGCUACCUAGUCCAACAUAAAAUGGUGGAUGUGGUAGUGACAACAGCAGGAGGUAUUGAGGAAGAUCUUAUUAAAUGUUUGGCUCCCACCUAUCUGGGUGAGUUUAGCCUUCCAGGCAAAGAACUACGACAGAGAGCCAUCAACAGAAUUGGCAACCUGCUGGUCCCUAAUGACAACUACUGCAAGUUUGAGGACUGGCUGAUGCCCAUCCUGGACCAGAUGGUGUUGGAGCAGAAAACAGAGGGCACAAGUUGGACUCCCUCAAAAAUGAUCCACAGACUUGGCAAAGAAAUCAACAAUCAUGACUCGGUCUGUUACUGGGCUUACAAGAAUGACAUCCCUAUUUUUAGUCCUGCCCUCACAGAUGGUUCAUUGGGUGACAUGAUUUACUUCCAUUCCUAUAAGAACCCGGGACUGGUCUUGGACAUUGUGGAGGAUAUUCGGAGGGUGAAUAGUAAAGCUGUGUUUGCCAAAAGCACAGGCAUGAUCAUCCUGGGAGGAGGGCUUGUGAAGCACCACAUCGCCAAUGCUAAUCUCAUGAGAAAUGGUGCCGACUUUGCUGUUUACGUGAACACAGCACAGGAGUUUGAUGGUUCAGAUGCAGGAGCCAGACCAGAUGAGGCUGUCUCUUGGGGGAAAAUCCGCAUGGAUGCCAAACCUGUCAAAGUCUAUGCAGAGGCUUCUUUAGUCUUCCCUCUGCUGGUGGCUGAAACGUUUGCACAUCAAGCCAGCAAACUGACAGCAGAUACAAAGAGUGACUGACAAAGCCUGCUCCUUUCUUCUGCGGUGUCUUGAUUGGUUUUUCUUUGUCUUUUUUUUUUUAAAUUAAUUUAUCAUUUUUUUUAUGUUGUAUGUACAUGUUCAUCGCUGCUUUGUUAUAUUAGACCUAUUUAUGUUGUCCUUAUAUUGAAGUUUUAUUUGUACUUUUAGGUACAUUUCUGUUUCCUUUCUCAAUACCAUGUUAUACUUUUAUGAGACAGAAAAAAGUGAAAUUUAUUUAUUAAACCAAAGCCAAGGUGUGUGUGUGUGUGUGUGUGUGUGUGUGUGGAGAAAGAGGAUAAUCAUGAACUUUUUAAAUAAAGAUGAUUGUUUUGCUGGCACAGCAUGCGUUUACCUGUCUGCAGAAUUGUCUUGUUGCCCUUUUGUUCUUUUAAAUGAACAAAAGUUGCUCUCAAUCAAGUCACUUAUGCUGUAUUGCUACAUCUGUUCACUAUCGUUACAUCCCGUUUUAUGUUAAUUCACAUUUUUCCUGAACAUCGUGAAUAUGAAGUAUUGCUUUAUAUUUGCAUGACAUAUCAUAUCAACAUGUGAUUAUUAUGCCAUUUAUGCGAUAAAUAUCCAGGUUCUUAGAAAGCAUUUACGCCCCAAGCAUGUGAGAGCUAGAUUAUGAAGGGGACCUUACAGCUUUAAUUUUUUUUUACAAACACUGGACUGAGAAAAGAAUGCGCACAUAUAUUAUAGGAAUUAGGAUUUGCAGUUUACUUUAAAUGUUUGGGAAGCAUGUGGAACUGGGCUCAGUUUUGUGUGCCUUAACUAUGUGUACAGUAUGCAUACAUUGGUUAAGUAAGAGAUUGUUGUCUCUUUGUGGGUGUUAAAAUGUUAAUGUAAUCCUUUUCAAUUUAAAACUGUUACACAAAUAAAUAUGUAAAACUGGAAAAGAUCGAAAUACGCUCCAAACCCACUGGAUAAAUAGUACAUCAUCUGUAUUUCGUGCAAAUGAUUUAAAUCAUCAAUAAAACCCAUCU